CCACGACUCCACGAGCUUCUCCCCCUUCCUCAACUCCACUCUCGCCAGCUUUCCCCCUUCCAAAAAAAACCCAAUUUUUAAAGCCGGUAAGCUUAAUAGCGCCGCCCCUUUCCGCCGCCGAGCCCCACCGCGAAUCUCGCCGCCAUGGCCGCCGCCUCCGCGCCGUUGCUGCUCGCCCUGGCGCUCGCCUUCGCCGCCUCCCUCGCGUCGCCGGCCGCGGGGGACACCAACCGCGUCUACGACCCGUGCACCGACGCCAAGAUCCAGCGCGGGGACGGCUUCACCUUCGGCCUCGCCUUCGCCGCCAACGGCGCCUUCUACUCCGGCUCCACCCAGCUCUCCCCCUGCGACCGCCGCCUCACCCAGCUCUCGCAGCUCUCCGUCUUCCGCCCCAUGGUCGACGAGAUCUCCCUCCUCACCAUCAACACCACCACAGGAUUCAGCCCCGCCUCAGCUGGUGGGUACAUGGUAGCAUUUGCUGGUAGGAAGUAUGCAGCCAGAUCUCAACCAGUCUUUGUCUCCAAUAGUUCAGUUACAGUGUCCAGCUUCACCCUGGUUCUUGAAUUCAACAAAGGCAGGCUACAGAACCUGCACUGGAAGAAGGACGGGUGUGGUGCCUGCACAGGGAAGCCAAACUUCAUCUGCCUGGGCAAGCAAACCUGCGCCAUCAGGACAAACAUCUGCAAGAGCAAUAACCAGGGAUCCAUGGACUGCAGCAUCGGCAUCCAGCUGGCCUUCUCGGGCACGGACAAGCACGAGUCGGUCCUCAACUCGUGGUACGAGGUGUCGAACCUACAACAGUACUCGCUCUACGGGCUGUACUCGAACGUGAAGGGAUCCCUGAGCGGCCAGUUCAACAAGUUCUUCUAGGCUCUCCUGGAAUGGCCAUUGUCCAUAGCACUCUCCUGCCACUGUUGCCUGUCCGGAAGUCAGUGUCGCUGUACCUAAGGGGAACUCUAGGUUUGCCCGCAAACUGAUUUAGCUCGUGUGGAAUAUUAAGCUUAAGCUCAUCGAUAUGCAUGUAACUUUGUGAGCCAUUUUAUGCGAGUAUUCUUUCUAUUA